AAAUCAAACCACGGUAAUUUUAAUAAUUACGGAGAUAAUAAAAAAUGGAUGAACAAUAAAAAGAGGUGGUUUGGAAGUGUGAUCGUAAUUUUAAUUGCAAUAUAUUUUAAUCCUUUGUUACGUUGGCAUUCUCUCAACUUUUAUAAAACCACCUCCCACCUCUGCACUUCUCAGGAUACUUGUGAAAAAGCAGGGAUUGUUGAGGAAUGCUGUUGUGAUUAUAAGAGCGUUGAUGAUGUUAUUAAAGCAGUUUUACAUCCCCUGUUGCAGACGCUUGUUAAGACUCCCUUCUUCCGUUAUUUCAAGGUUAAGUUAUGGUGUGAUUGCCCCUUUUGGCCUGAUGAUGGUAUGUGUCGCCUACGUGACUGCAGUGUAUGUGAGUGUCCAGAACAUGAGUUCCCAGAAUCGUUUAAGAAUCCAUCGCUGCAUAUUCUACCACGAGAUGACCCCACAUGUCAAGAGGGAAAGCCAGAGGCUACCGUUGAUCGAACUCUAGAGGCUAAGUGGUUUAGAGGAUGGGCAGAAAUAGAUAAUCCGUGGACUCAUGACGAUGAAACUGAUAAUGGAGAAAUGACAUAUGUAAAUCUGCAAUUGAACGUCGAACGUUACACAGGUUACACGGGGCCAUCAGCAAGAAGAAUAUGGGAUGCUAUAUACUCAGAAAAUUGUCCAAGAUAUGCAUAUGGAGAGGUUUGCCCGGAGAAGAAAGUAUUAUUCAAGUUAAUCUCUGGUUUACACUCCUCAAUUUCAACCCACAUAGCUAAGGAUUAUUUACUUGAUGAGACCACCUAUCAGUGGGGUCCAAAUAUUGAAUUGAUGAAUGACCGUGUCUUGAAACAUCAUGAUCGCGUGGAAAACUUGUACUUCACUUUUCUUUUUGUACUCAGAGCCGUGAUGAAGGCAGCUGCUUACUUGGAUCAGGCAGAGUAUGACUCUGGUAACCAUGUGGAGGAUUUGAAAGCCCAAUCCUUAAUUCGACAACUGGUUCACGAUUCCAGUUUGCAAGUUGCGUGUGCUCUUCCAUUUGAUGAGGCUGAACUGUGGCAAGGCCAAGGUGGACCCAAACUCAGGCAACAGAUCCAGAAUCAAUUUCGAAACAUCAGUGCACUCAUGGACUGUGUAGGGUGUGAGAAGUGUCGUCUUUGGGGAAAACUUCAGGUUCUUGGCCUUGGGACUGCAUUAAAAAUUCUCUUUUCUGUCGAUAGUCAGGGAACCCCUGACUCACAUUUGCAGUUACAAAGAAAUGAAGUGAUCGCUUUAAUUAAUCUGCUAAAUCAGCUAUCAGAAUCUGUUAAAUUUGUUACUAAAACGAGAGAUAAGGUUACUUUAAAGCUUCCUGCUAAAGAUUUCAGUUUAGGUCACAAGCAAUGGGGAUCAUUAAUAGCUCACUGGUGGAAGAACCUGUCAAAAUCCAACUGACCAUCUUUUGUGCACCAACCAGAUUCAAAUGAGAUCAAUCUAGUGUAGAAAUGUGUGAAUGUGUCUACAACUAUGUAUAGAAUCGAACAGUUGCAAUGUAAUUUGGAUGAUUAUGAUGGUAGCAGAUGUAAUAGUUAUAAGCAGAUUAUGUACCCUCAUUGUUUGUCCUUUGUAUUCACUCAAGUUUUAUGA